GCAUUAUUUGAGAAAGAGAAGCAUGGUGUGUUUUACUGUGAGGUUAGAAGUGAGAGAGUUUGGUGUGAAACUGUGAAGCCACAUGUCUGCACAAGGGCUUUUCUAUAGGAUGAUUCUUGUUCAUCCACUGUCUUACUCUGGAGCUCGAAUGGGGUUGUAAAUUGCAUAAACAAGAAAUAAGAAACCCAUUUUGAGUUGAGGGAACUCCAAUUCUCAAAUUUCUGUGGCAUUGGAGAUGUUGGAUGUGAUGUCUUUGAGUUACCCUUUCCAAACAUUACUCUUAGGUUGUGUAAAUGUAACUACUUCUAGUCGUAGAUACUUGUGCAAAACAAGGUGGUGCCAAGUUCAAGCCACACCCCCAUCUUCAGUUAUUUUGAAUGCAGAUGAAAGUGGCAAAUUUUCUGAGAAGCUUCAUGCCUCAAACCUUGUUUCAGGAAAGGUUGUUCCUUUUGUCACUCAGGGAAGUGCUGUGGGUAUAAUUGGAGGGGUAUCUGUGGAUGCCACUCUCAAAUUUUUGAGAAAACUUGUGGAGUUGAGUUCAGAAGAUGGAGGAGAUUCCAGCCCUUUUGUGCUGUGUUCUGAUCCUGUGUUGAGUAAGCAGCUUCUGUCCUAUGAAAGGAGUUAUUUUGUUUCUAGCACAAGUAAAGCAGAAUCAUUAAAGCUGGAUUCUUCUCUGAUUGUGCAAAGCCUUAGAAAUAAGAGGGUUUUUCUUGAGAAUUCUGGGGCUAGUUGCAUAGUGAUGCCUUGUAAUGUGUCACAUUCUUGGUAUGAACAAGUGUCUGAGGGAUGUUCUGUUCCUUUCCUUCACAUGGCCGAGUGCGUUGCAAAGGAGCUCAAGGAAGCCAAGUUAAAGCCACUUGAAGCCGGUAGUCCUCUGCGGAUUGGAGUGCUUGCAACAAAUGCAACUAUUGGUGCUGGUUUUUAUAAGGACAAGCUUCAGAAUGAAGGAUUUGAGAUUGUACUGCCUGAUAGAGCAACAAUGGAGCACACAGUGAUACCUGCAAUUGAAGCUUUGAACCGAAAGGACAUGGAAGGGGCAUGCAAUCUAUUGAGAAUUGCACUUCAAGUUCUUUUGGUGAGAGCAGCAAAUUCUGUUAUCCUUGCUUCUGACGAUAUGCGGGACCUCUUGCCCCCAGACGACCCUCUUCUCAAGAAAUGUAUUGAUCCAAUGGACGCCUUGGCCCGGUCAACUAUCAAAUGGGUAAAAUCCUCUGGGAAUAAUACAUGAGCUUCAAAAGAAAACAACUGUUGCAUUUCAUUAUGUAUCAACAUUCUUCUGAUUUCAUUCAUAUCGUUCAUUUCAUUAAUGCAAAUUCUUGUAUUCAAUAAUAUUGUAAUCAUACCAAAGAUAAAUAUCUGAGUAUCAGAGCAUGUUUUCCUUCUGUGUUCAU